UGUCACCAGUAGAAAUGCCCGUGAGUGACAAAUAGAUAGUGUUGGUUAUUGAUUCCUCUUGAAGUGCUGAAUCGAUGUAGUGACAUGAUAUGGCCUGAUGAGGACAGGCUUGAGCUCCCUUUCCUCUGGGGGGCUUCCCCCUCUCUCAGUCCUACCCUCUACUGAUGGCUUCCCCCUGUCUCUCUCAGGUCUCACCUUCUACAGAUGCAACAUGGUUGCCAGGGACAGGUUUGAUUUCUGUAUACCAUCUGCCUUCUGCUCAUCAUCACACAGACAACAAGACAAGAUGAAUCACAGCUCCAGCGAGCCAGAGCCUGGGACUAGCGAGCCCCUGCGAUACCUCAGUAAAGCGGAUGCGUCUGCCAUUGAGACGGAGCUCCUGCGUGACUACCGAUUUGGCCAGCAGCAGCUGAUCGAGAUGUGGGGUUACGCCUGCGCCAUCGCCAUCACGAAGGCUUUCCCUUUGAAGUCUCUCAGCAAGAAGCAGCCCACCGUCCUGGUGGUGUGUGGCCCGGAGCAGAGCGGCUCAGUCGGCCUCGUAUGUGCCCGACACCUGCGCAUAUUUGAGUACGAGCCCACUAUCUACUACCCCAAGCGUUCCUCUCACAGCGUGCACCAGGACUUCACAGUCCAGUGUGAGAAGAUGGACAUCCCUUUCCUCUCCUACCUGCCAACGGAGGUCCAGUUGAUAAAUGACGCUUACAAUGUGGUGAUUGAUGCCGUCCUGGGACCAGACAGUGACCCCAAAGAUGUCAAGGAGCCUUACCUGAGCAUCCUGGUAACCUUGAAACAGGUCAAGAUACCCAUAGCCAGUGUGGAUGUACCCUUAGGUUGGGACACAGAGGUGGCCAGUAAGGAGGGAGUUGAACCCGAAGUGCUCAUCUCCCUCAUGGCGCCAAAAAAAUGCGCCACAAACUUCUCUGGGAAGCAUUUUCUAGCCGGACGCUUCCUGCCUUACGACAUACAGAAGAAAUAUGAACUCAAUCUCCCAGAAUUCCCUGAGGCAGAGUGUCUUAUAGAACUGUAGUACACACACAGAUAUAUUAAUAUUUUCGAUACACGACUAAGGUUCAUACAUACCUGUUUUGUACUUUAUAGACAGUUACUGUUACUGCAGUGGUUCUCUCUCAAGAGCAACUCUGGCCCAAGAGAGAAUGUGAUCUUUCGCCUGUUUGCUCCAGAAUUAAAGUGAUAGAAUGUCCUAGAAAAAAAAUGAAACUGUUGUUAGUCUGAGUUGUGCAAUGUUGCUUGAGGGGGAAAAUGUUUCAGGAGGAUUCCCUUUGCCUUGAAAAACAAAAUAAUCUGGUAAUAUUUCUUAAUAUUGCUUCAUUCGAACCCACCACCCAGACACUGAAAACAAAUGACACUGUCACUCAUCAGUUGCUGAUACUCCAAUACACUCUCAGUUAAUGUUGUGCUUGAAGGUUGAAACUGUUGGAACUUAGCCCGAGUGUGUUGUUGUCCCUAUGUAAAGUUAAUUACUUUUUUUUGUAUUACUUUUUUUUUUUUUUAAGAAACGAAAAACACUUCCUGCCUACAUUAAUUUCUUGUCAGCUGGUUGCCAUGGCGUGGGCAUAAUGGUUCAAAUGAAGUGUCUUUAUUUAAUGACAUGCAGCUGCGCUAUCUCCCCAGUCCAGGGGAGUGAUGGAACGUCUACUUAAGGCAAAAUAAAUCACUGGAGUUGUGCCACUGCUAAUGUCCGUAAGGGGCGGCGCUGAGCAAGAAAUGCUUUUCUCCUGUACAGCAUCAGCGUCAGGAUGUGGCUCCAAACACAGAACUCAGCUGCCUUGUUUACAUGGUACGUUAAAUUCAAAAGGAACUCUGUUGAAUUCCAAAUAAAAAAAUAAUUCCGCUUUGAAAACAUCAUGUAACAUGUUACAUUACAUCAUGUAAACUUUCACAAUUCGGAAUUAAAGUUAUUCAGAAUUCAACUUUAUUACAUAUAAAGUGGGUGGUUUAUUCCAUUGUUCAUCCCGAAUAACUGUAUUCCGCUAUCAUGUACUAUACUUUAAUUCCGCUUUAAAAACAAUUUGUUUCAUGCAUGCUGCUACACGACGCAAGAGGCCAUGACGCAGACCAAGUGUGCAGCCUACAUCCUCUGUCCAACGGCAAUGCUUUCUGACCCCCAGACAUUUAUUCAGAACUUAAUGGCAAUGCUUUCUGACCCCCAGACAUUUAUUCAGAACUUAAUGGCAAUGCUUUCUGACCCCCAGACAUUUAUUCAGAACUUAAUGGCAAUGCUUUCUGACCCCCAGACAUUUAUUCAGAAUUUCAUGAAAAUGCGUAAUGCUAACUUGACAGAGUUCAAUUUCAUUCAGAAGUUUCAGAUGUAUUCAUUUGGAAUUAAAAACAUCACGUAAACAUGGAACGUAUCCAAGUACUUACUGUUGCUGAUGAAUGAAAAUGUAUAAGUUCACGAUGUCAUGGUAUCUUGUGGAUUCAUUGUAUGAUUUAAUACUUUUGAUGGGAUAUUUUGGGCAAUGUUUGGGCAAACAAUGAUGUGUUGAUUCUUCACAUUUUGUGUCAUUGUUGCAUUUCAUUUUUGCAUUUAUUUAUUACUUUUAAAAUUGCUGGUGAGAAUGUUGUCACCAACUGAAUGGCUACCCUUUGUUACUUUCCUGGUUGUUGAUAGAUUUAAAUGUUACUUUUUCAUAUUAAAUUGAGACUUAUGUAUCUCCUAA